UGCAUAUAAAUACAAAGCACUGUCCUGGGAAUUUCACUUUGCUCCAGCGCAACCUAGUGGAAAGCUGUUCUCUAACAACAGUCCUCUCUGUCUUUUCUACAUACAUCAUGAAGUUCUUGAUUGUCGCAGCAGCCAUCCUGGCAAUUGUUUCUGCUCAAGCCCCUCCUAUCCAAUACAACCCAGUACCAUACUCUUUCAAUUACUUGGCUGAAGGUGAAGAAGGCACAAGUGGUCAUCAAGAAACAGGUGAUGGUGCUGGCAAUGUCCAAGGCUCGUACACUCUCACCGAUGUUGAUGGCCGUAAUCGAGUCGUAGAAUACACUGCAGGACCUGAUGGAUUUCGAGCCAUCGUUCGCACUAAUGAACCAGGAACAGAUAACAGUAGCCCAGCCGGUGUGAUUUUCGAAUCCACUUCCCCUGAAGCCAAGGGUCCUAUCAUUAGAUACAGUGCUGAACCAGUAGCUAGACCUGUGGCUCCCAGAGUCGUCCCUUCUGCUGAUGGCCGACAAGGAAAUGUGCGAUAUGUCUAUGUUCCCAGCACUGAUCCCAGAGCCGCUGGACGAAGCUAGAAAACUGAACUAAACUCACGAAUAAAAGAUUAGGAACUUACUCUGGAUGUCAUGAAAUUCCCACAAAGCGCAUUCAAUAAUUCAAUAUUCAAUUCAUAAACUUUAUAUAAAUGUAUAAUAUGAUAUCAGCUACUUCAAUAUGUAUAAUUUAAAGUUUAAGAAUUGUAAUAUUUGUAUCAAAAAGAAAUGUAGCAUGCUUUAACAAUGCUGGUGGUCUCAUAUAUGUUCGUAAAUGGACUUUUAAAAUACAACUGGAAUUUAUAUGUAGUGUCUGGGAUAUAAUAUUGGCAACACUUAAACAUAUCGUAUUUAUUGCAUACAAAUUGACUAAAAAAUUGUGCUGCAUAUAAAUAGUACUUUCAGAUAUUUGUAAUAAAGUUUAUUAUGUGCUUCAAUAA